CUGGGACUGGGCCGGAGACUGAAGGGAGGAGGGACGUCGGAGGCCGGGCAGCGAGGGGGCGGGGCCUCGGCUGCCCGGUCCGAGGGGGCGGGGCUGACUCCGGGCCUCUGCUAACCAGCGGUCCCAACGGCUGUGGCCUCUGCGGCCCCGCGCCCCCCUCUCCGCCCCCCCCGCCCCCCCGCUGUCCGUUUCCUGGGCCCCGCCGCCUCCCGGCCCCUGGAUGUCUCCGUCCCCCUCUCUGUUCACUUUUGGGGGUUUGUUUUCGUGUCCGCAGCCGCGCUUUCUCCUGCCUCCGUCUCCCCAGCCUCGGUCAUCUCCCAGGCUCUGGUGCCCGAGACCCGAGGGCCUGUCUCCGCGCCCCCGCAGCCUGGAGACAGCGGGAGCCGAGGGCCGACGCAGAGGUCAUGGAAGAAGUGACAUCGUGCUCCUUCAACAACCCUCUGUUCCAGCAGGAAGACAAGGGAGGGGUCACCUACCGGAUCCCAGCCCUGCUCUACAUACCCCCCACCCACACCUUCCUGGCCUUCGCAGAGAAGCGCUCUACAAGCAGGGAUGAGGACGCGCUCCACCUGGUGCUGAGGCGAGGGCUGAGGACGGGGCACUUUGUACAGUGGGGACCAGUAACACCACUGAUGGAAGCCGUGUUACCUGGGCAUCGGACCAUGAACCCCUGUCCUGUAUGGGAGCGAAACACUGGCUGUGUGUACCUGUUCUUCAUUUGUGUGCAGGGCCAUGUCACCGAGCAUCAACAGAUUAUGACAGGCAGGAAUGCUGCUCGCCUCUGCUUCAUCUGCAGUCGAGAUUCUGGCUAUUCGUGGAGCAACGUGAGGGACCUGACUGAGGAGGUCAUUGGCCCAGAAGUGAAGCGUUGGGCCACAUUUGCUGUGGGCCCAGGUCAUGGCAUCCAGCUGCAGUCUGGGAGGCUCAUCAUCCCUGCAUACACCUACUACAUCCCUUACUGGUUCUUUUGCUUCCGGCUACCAUGUAAAGCCAGGCCUCAUUCCCUGAUGAUCUACAGUGAUGACCUAGGGACCACAUGGCACCAUGGCAGGCUCAUUAAGCCCAUGGCGACAGUGGAGUGCGAAGUGGCAGAGGUGACUGGGAAGGCCGGCCAUCCUGUGCUGUAUUGCAGUGCCCGAACACCAAACAGAUGCCGGGCAGAGGCUCUGAGCACUGACCAUGGUGAAUGUUUUCAGAGACCAGCCCUGAGCCAACAGCUCUGUGAGCCCCCACGUGGCUGCCAAGGCAGUGUGGUGAGUUUCCGGCCCCUGGAGAUUCCAAAUGAAUGCCAGGACCCUAAUGGCAAAGAUGCUCCUACCGCUCAGCAGAGCCCUCUGCUGGGCAGUUCUGUGAGGCCAGAGCAGGAAGCUGGAACACGGUCAGAAUCAUGGCUCUUGUACUCACACCCAACCAGUAAGAAACGGAGGGUUAACCUAGGCAUCUACCUCAACCGGACCCCCUUGGAGGCUGCCUGCUGGUCCUCCCCCUGGAUCUUGCACUGCGGGCCCUGUGGCUACUCCGAUUUGGCUGCUGUGGAGGAGGGCUUGUUUGCGUGUUUGUUUGAGUGUGGGAUCAGGCGGGAGUGUGAGCAGAUUGCCUUCCGCUUGUUCACAGACCAAGAGAUUCUGGGCCAUGUGCAAGGUGACUACACCAGCCCUGGUAGGAACUCUGACCCAAUUCAAAACUAAUUGGCUUAGGAUCCAACUUUCCAUAGAAGGGAAACCAUUAGAAGGCAACCAUAGCCAGGAUCAUGGAGGCCAGGAUAGCAGAGCUUACAGAAGCCUACAGGGAAUCCCAAAAUGCAAUAUUCUGCUCCCUACCUUUUUCACCUCUCAAAGAUAAAAUGACAAAUUUGCCAUAGCUACUGUAGCCGAAGUAGCACUGAACUGUGUGAAUUGGGAGACCAUGAUAUGAUCUUGGGUCUGCCAUGCUGGCUCUGGGACCUUAAACUCUCUUUGCCUCAGGUCUCCAUCUGUAAAAUGAGAGGAUUGGUCUGUGAUUCCUCUUCUUCCUAUCCCCAGGGAAGGCAGAGGGCUUGCUUGCUGCAUGAUCAGCAAGUCCUGGCUGCACAUAGGACUCUGGUAUCAAAAUGAAAAUCAUAGGACUCGUCUUUUCCAAUGACUGAGGUUCCAAGCAGAUGUCAUGUCAUGAAGAAGGAUCUGGAUGAUUUGUUCAGUAAUAGAUGAGCUCUAUAGGCUAUCCAAGAGGAGUUGGGCAAAACAGAAACAUGGGGUCACCUCCCUUCUUUAGCUUUGCAACUUUGCGCAACCUGCCCUUACGCAUCCAGAAAGCAUUAUUUCCUAGGGAGAGACUGAGAGGCUCAAUACCAGUAGUCCAUAUUGUUUCUGAUGGCAUUAUUUCUAUGAAAGAGAACCUGAAGUUCAUUUAUUAGGAUGGUUCCUGAUGAGAAAAAGACAUGACUUACGGUUUUAAAACAUUGGACAAAACUUCCCACAGUCUCUGCCCUCAAGGAGCUCACAGUUUAUGAGGCUAGAAGAGGGAGAAAAUUUUUAAAAAAAUGCAGUUGGUGGGAUAGUUAGUAGAUGUUGGGCUCUAAGUUGCAUAACUGAAGCUCAUCAUCUUAGUUGCAUCUUUAUUGUGCCUGGAGUCAUCUGCCCCGGGGCUUGUCCAGGCUGCUAGGUUUCCCCUAAGUUUGUUUUUCUUAGACUAUUGUCCUGGUCCAGCCACUCUAUUUGCCAGUGGAGAAACUCUUCACCCUUAGGAAGGUCUUGGACCCUCCAAACCGCUGAGUCUGGCCUGCUUGGACCUACGGAAAUCACUGUUUGCGAAGUGAGAUGACCCUUGUCUAAUAGUUUUGGGGCUGAACUAAUACUGGGUCUCUCAGAUGAUACCAGAUUGGUUGCUCUUAUUUUAGGUUGUUUCCCCCAUAGCCUGUUACUUUGAGGGAAAUUCUAUCAUGAGAGAUUUCUUUUUUGUCCCUCUUAAAUCGGUAUAUCAGCUAUAUACAGGGUGGGACAAAAGUAGAUUUACAGUUGUUCACAUGGAAAAUAAUACAAUAAUUAAUAAAUAAUAGUACAAGAAUAAACUGUGUUUCAUGUACUCAGAACUUUGUCCUACCCUGUUUAUAUGGCGCUAGGUAAUGGCCCAGAGAGCAAGUCUUAGUGGUAGAGCAUAGCCUAGGAUGCACCCGUCAGAUGGGGGAGGAGUCCUGUGGGAGGAAAGUAGGGAUUAACUUCACCUACUUCAGCAUGUAGCUUAAGCCAAUGUCUUAGGGUGGCCUGUCAUAUAUUCGUCGUCAUCUUCUCAGUAGUCAGCUAUGAUCAUUCACUCAUUUAUACUUUUAUGUAGCUAUUUCUUGAGUGCCUGUGCAUAAUAAUGUAAGGUGUUUUCUGUUGCCAUUUCCUGGUUGAAAAUAAUUUGUGGCUCCUCAUUGCCUAUUAAAGGCUACAAUUAGCCUGGCAUGUAGGAUGAAAUAAUGACUACUUAUCUCUACUUCUUUAUGUGAAGGCCACUGUCAAGCCUAUUGUCAGGUUGGCACAUGGAGGCAGGUGGGGUGAGGUGGACAAGAGUGGUGGUGUAGGGGGAAGAUUGAAAGGGCAUCCCCCUCCUGAGUUCUUGUUCAGCAAAGCUUUCCAGAGCACUGCACUCUAAAUGGAUAGAAAUAGGCAAGAUGGCUAAGCUCUACAUCAGGGCUAAAGGGUGAAGAGAGUGAGAAUAUCAGGACUUCUUUGGGACUAUCCAAGAAGGGAGGGACGUCAGUCCCAUGCCAGUGUGAACCACAGAUGUCCAGUAUGAGUACUCCUAAAGACUUACCCAGCUCUAAAUUGCCCUGCCCUUUCUCCUUCCCCUUUGCCUCAUGUUUACUUCUCCUUAGAGAGAAAUUCCCUUAAUAGGCAAUGAAUUUCCUUAAUAGGCAAAGGGCCUAUGUGCACAUUUUGGGAGUAGCAAGAAAAGAGGUUUGGGGACAGGCAUAAUCCAGAAUGAGGAUUAGCGGGAGGAACAGAUGGGUGAUGGCAGCUGUGAAGAAAAAGAAUAGCAGGUAGGAGUCCUGGCACUUGGAGAUAGAAAGGACAGACAUGAGGCCUAAGCUGGAGAGAUGGUGUAGGUGGUAGUGCUGUGAAGAAGAAAUGAUAACUGGCUGGCACUGUUCCCUGAAACGAGUGGGAACAGACAAAGGACUGCACAGGCAGCAGGAAAAUUCCUCCCAGCCGUGUAAUUUUAAGCUGGCUCUACUUGAUGAACAAAAACCACCAUAGGCACUCAACUCUGUGUCAGUUAGCCAGGUCUUCAGGGCCCUGGGACCGACACCGUGAUGCUGGUAUCCUAACUAAGCCCACUUCAGCCACUUUCAGGUUGGUAGAAUGAAAAGAUAGGGCAGGUGAUGGCAGCUGUGAAGAAAAGAGGAAAGACUGAAGGCCUCUGAUAUAGAGACAUGAAGAAAGGACUGCAUAGGUUGUGGUCCUUUGCUCCCAGAUGCCCCAUCCUGUCCUUGAACCCUUAGUAUCCAUCUAGCAAAGGUGGCCCCCCAUGGGAAGUGCAAGAAUGCGCCGGUAGUGAGUGGCCUCCUGCUGGUAUGUACCCUCAUUCAAUCUGCUGGUCCUGCUCAUGCUCCCUAACUCUUGGUUCCUCACUCCUAGGCUCCUAAUGUUUACCUCAGGCCUUUGUUAUUUGGCCCUUGUUAUCUGGAUCAGUUUUUCCUGGUCACCAGUCUCCCCGCAGAUAUCCACAAGGUAGCAGAUAUCCACAGGGUAGCAGAUAUCCACAGGGUAUCGUGUAACUACAGCCAUAGGGAAGAGACCUUGCAGCACGCCUGUGGGGUAGCCUGAGGGACCCACAGAGGCCACCCUGAGGCUGCACAGCCUCUGCCCCAGGACAGUGGGAUUCAGUACUUCCACUUGGACCAGAUGAAAUUGCUCAGGCUUCCUCAGGAGGCCGCGAAUGUUUCCCACUGCGUUAUUCAGUAGGUGUUGUGUCCUCCUGUGCUGCCACAGUGCACAGUCUGAGCCUCCCUUCCGUCCUUACCACAGGCUGCCCUGUGUUAUUGUCUGCUGUGCCCUCUAGGCCUCUGCUAGUCUGUGAACUCCUUGAGGGCUAAGUCUGACUCCUCACUGUAUCCUCUUCACUUUGAAUCACAAUGCCUUGUUAUAUCAUAUGCUAGAACAAAUGCUUUUUCUACCAUAUUUUGAUUUCCCUGUUGAGGACUCUGAGUCCUCUCUGUACUCUGCACCCAACACAGGGCCUGGUGCAGAAUAGACAACAGAGAAGCUAUGCUGAAUUAAUAAAGGAGUUAAAGACCCUUGGCCUUGGAAGCUAACUGAGAAGGGUAGGGUGAGUUCCCUCAGGGAGGAGCAUGUCGCAUCCCUCUGGGUUCACAGCACUCUAAGGUGCUGAACACGCAUCCUACAUGAGUCUCCCGUGUGCUGGCCUGCUUCCACGUCAGUCACAGGAUUUCCUGGGAAUGAGCUUUUCUCUGGCUGCCUGGAUAUCCCAAGGAUCAUAGCCCAAGCCCAAAGCAAAGCCUUGAUUUGGGGUUCUCAUUUCACUGGUAACCCCCUCCCCCCACCUCAUUGGAUUUUCUGUAGCUACCGCUCCUCCAGGACUCAGAGGGAGAUGCCGGGGCUCGGCAUGUUCCACGCCUGUCUUGGUUCUGUGAUACUAGGAGCCACAAAUGCUCUCUGUACUAUGAAAACCACCAUGACUCUUUGAAACAAGGAAGAUGAAUAAAAAGCAUAAUUCCGGCGA